CACAGAGAAGUUCCUGCUUCUUUUGAAAUCGUCAGUCUCACUGCAGCAAGAAUGGCUUCAAACUUAUGGUCAGAGGAGAAGUUUAGCUGUUCGGUGUGUCUGGACCUAUUGAAGGAACCAGUCUCUAUUCCAUGUGGACACAGUUACUGUAUGGGGUGUAUUAAAAACUACUGGGAUCAGGCUGAUCAGACAGGACUCUACAGCUGCCCCCAGUGCAGAGAGACCUUUACCCCAAGGCCUGUUCUUUUCAAGAACACCAUGCUGACUGAACUUGUGAAGGAUUUUAAGAAGAUAGGGCUCAAUCCCCCUGCUGUUCAAAGCUAUGCUGGACCUGGAGAUGUGCCGUGUGAUUUCUGCACUGGGAGAAAGUUCAAAGCUGUAAACUCCUGUUUGACGUGCCUGGCCUCUUACUGCCAAACUCACAUCGAGCCACACCUGGAAGCUGCUGCAUUGAAGAGGCACAAACUGAUUGGAGCAACUGGAAAUCUGGAGCAGAAGAUUUGUGCCGAACACCAGAAGGUUUUGGAGGUCUUCUGCAGAACUGAUCAGACGUGUAUUUGCUGGUUAUGUAAAGAAGAUGAACACAAGAACCAUAAUACAGUCUCAGUUAAGAAAGAAAGGACUGGGAGACAGGAGGAGCUGGGAGAGACGCAGACAGAACUAGAACUGAGAAUCCAGGAGAGACUGAAAGAACUGAAGGAGCUGAAACAAGCCAUGGAGUCACUGAAAAGAUCUUCACAGAGAGAAAUACAGGAAAGUGAGACGAUCUUUACUCAGCUGAUCCGAUCCAUUGAGAAGAUCCGCUCUGAGGUCACUGAGCUGAUUGGAGCGAAGGAGAAGGCUGCAGUGAAUCAGGCUGAAGGACUCGUGAAGAAACUGGAGCAGGAGAUUGCUGAGCUGAGGAGAAGAAACGCUGAGCUGAAACAGCUUUCAGAGACAGAGGAUCACAUCCAUUUUCUACAGAAUUUCCAGUCUCUCUGUGCCCUACCUGAAGCUGGAGAUCUACCCAGCUUUACUGUCAAUCCAAACUUCUCUUUUGGGGCUGUGUGGAAAACUGUUUCUGAACUUAAAGAGUAUAUUGAAGAUUUCUGGGAGAGGGAAAUAGUCAAAAUUACCACAACAGUGAAUAAAGUUGCAGUUUACAGUCUGCAGGAGCCAAGGACCAGAGCUGAAUUUUUAAAAUAUUCCUGUGACCUCACACUGGACCCCAACACAGCGCAUAGACUCCUCUGUCUGUCUGAAGGGAACAGAAAGGUGACACGGAGGAGAGAGCCCCAACAAUAUCCUGAACACCCAGAGAGAUUUGAGAACUGGCGCCAAGUGCUUUGUAGAGAGGGUUUGUCUGGGACUCGCUGCUACUGGGAGAUUGAGUGGAGUGGGAGAUGGGCUUCUAUAGGAGUCUCAUAUAAAGGAAUCAGCAGGAAGGGAGAGGAUAAUUCCUAUGUCCUUGGAUGCAAUGACAAGUCCUGGAGUUUGUUCUGCUCUGAUUCCAGUUACUCUGUCUGUCACAAUAACCUUGAAACUGCAAUAACUGCCCCCCACUUCCCCAGAAUAGGAGUGUAUCUGGACUUUAAUGCAGGCAUUCUGUCAUUUUAUGGUGUCUCUGGAGACACAAUGACCCCCCUGCACAGAUUCCAAACCACAUUUACUGAGACACUCUAUCCUGGGUUUGGGUUAGGGGUCAACUAUUCUUUUUUCAGGUUUGUGUCUCAUCCCACUGUAACAAUCUGCCAGCUGAAGUAACUUGUUUAGUGUUUCAUCCCGUUUAACUGGAGCUACAAGUCCCGGGGAUGCUGACAGGCUACCUCUGUUUCAAUUGACAAGUUAGGAUCAACUUUUUUUAUUCAGGCUUUACUGUUUACAGUGAGGACAAGCUAUUUAAGGAAAGAAAGUUUAAGUUUAGUAAAAAUGGGGAACAAAUGCCCCUGUCCCAAUCAGUCAGUGAUUCUGUAUGUAUUCAUCUGUCCCAAUGCUUGUUGGAGAGGCGUGUAUAUUAAUGAGGUCACAGUUACUAAUAAAUAAGAAUUGCUUCUGUCCUCAAGCUCCACCCCUCCUAGUGUCAGCUUUGUGACACAUCUCUCAAUCAAAUGUUUCAGUGAAAACAGACUUACAUUUGUCACUUUGCCAGACAAGGUGAAUAUUCCUGAUUGAUUGGGAUUUUAAUUGCAGUUGUAGUUUGGUUUUGAAUGGCUCACAAUUGGAACUUUAUUGUACUUUCUUUUAUUUUUUUUAACUUAAAUGUUAUUGAAUUGACUAUUGACUGAUAUGUGUGUCUGCUAAGGUGAUAAUAAUAAUAAUAAUAAUAAUAAUAAUAAUAAUAA